CGUUUGCAACACUGCAGUGCGGUUUGUUUUGGUUUCGUCGAGUGGUGUGGGUGUAAAUCACUGAAUGGAAUUAAUUUAUUAACUUUUCCCUCAUCUGUACAUUUGCUUGUGAUAUUUACUAAUUCCACUUCAUACGCUUUAACAAUGUCUGCACAGGUGCUAAAGGUGGCUAAAUGCCCAACAGAAGCAUUGUCUUUCACCAACUGUGCUAUUGUAAAUGAAAAUGAUUUUGCCUUGGACAAAGUCAGGCAUGUUGAAGUGACUACAUCUACAAAUCAUAAGUAUGUAUUUACUUUAAAAUCAUAUCCUGGUUUUCCAUCUGGCCAAAUGGGUUUUAGUUUACCUAUGAGGAAGUGGGCAGAAUUAUCUCUAGGUCAAACUUUAGAAGUAAGACCAUACACAUUUGAUCCAAAUAUACAGUACAUUGCAAAGAUGACUAUUGAAGUUGAUUUUUUGGAAAAGAAAACCACAACAGAACCGUAUGAUACCGAUAGAAUGGCUACAGAAUUUCUUGCAUGUUUUUGUAAACAAGCUUUUACUGUGGGACAAAUGUUAGCAUUCAGUUUUCAAGACAUGAAGCUGUUGAAAUUAAUUAUAAAAGAAAUGGAAGCUGCAAAUAUUGAGCAAGUAACUGGAAAUAACAAACCUAGUGGGAAAAGAACGACUCGUGUUGGUUUACUGCUGCCAGAUGCCAUCAUUAUAUUUGAAAAAGUGGAAGGCUCAGCUGUUAAUUUAGUUGGACAAGCAAAAGGAAAGACGGCCAGACAGUCGAUAAUUAAUCCUGAUUGGGAUUUUCAAAAGAUGGGAAUUGGCGGUUUGGACAAAGAAUUUAAUGCUAUUUUUAGAAGAGCAUUUGCAUCCAGAGUUUUCCCUCCAGAACUAGUUCAACAACUUGGUCUGAUGCAUGUUAGAGGUAUACUGCUUCAUGGUCCACCUGGUACUGGGAAAACAUUAAUGGCCCGUCAAAUUGGACAGAUGUUAAAUGCAAGAGAACCUAAGAUAGUAAAUGGGCCUCAGAUUCUGGAUAAAUAUGUGGGAGAAUCAGAAGCAAAUAUCCGAAGAUUGUUUGCUGAUGCAGAAGAAGAAGAAAAACGAUUAGGUCCUAACAGUGGAUUACAUAUAAUUAUAUUUGAUGAGAUAGAUGCUAUUUGCAAAGCCAGAGGAUCUGUGGCUGGAAACACAGGUGUUCAUGAUACAGUAGUGAAUCAAUUGUUAGCAAAAAUUGAUGGUGUUGAGUCUUUAAACAAUAUUCUUGUUAUUGGUAUGACUAACAGGAAAGAUAUGAUUGAUGAAGCUUUGUUGAGACCAGGACGAUUAGAAGUUCAGAUGGAGAUUGGUUUGCCUGAUGAAAAUGGCAGAUUGCAGAUUCUAAAUAUCCAUACUGCACGCAUGAGGCAGCAUAAUAAAUUAGCCAGUGAUGUGGAUUUGAAGGAGUUAGCAGCACUGACAAAAAACUUUUCUGGUGCUGAAAUUGAAGGUUUAGUUAGGGCUGCUCAAUCUACUGCAAUGAACAGAUUAAUAAAGGCAGCCAGUAAAGUGGAAAUUGAUCCUGAUGCAUCAGAAAAAAUCAAAGUAACUCGAGCUGAUUUCAUGCAUGCUUUGGAAUAUGAUAUUAAACCUGCAUUUGGAACAAGUGCAGAACAAGUUGAAAGGUUGGUUGCCCAGGGUAUCAUUAAUUGGGGAAGUCCUGUUGCUGGCAUUUUGGAAGAUGGAGAGCUGUUUAUACAACAGGCUCGUUCUCCUGAUACGAGAGGUUUAGUCAGUGUUCUCUUAGAAGGUCCUCCAAACAGUGGUAAGACAGCUUUGGCUGCAAAACUUGCUCUCAAAUCAGACUUCCCAUUUGUGAAACUGUGCAGUCCUGAAGAUAUGGUUGGUUAUACAGAAACAGCCAAAUGCCAGAUGAUUAAAAAAGUCUUUGAUGAUGCAUAUAAAUCUCAUUUCAGCUGCAUUCUUGUAGAUAGCAUUGAAAGAUUGUUAGAUUAUGGUGCAAUUGGUCCACGAUAUUCAAAUCUUGUCCUACAAGCUCUCUUGGUUUUACUUAAGAAAGAGCCACCUAAGGGUAGAAAACUAUUGGUUUUGUGCACUAGUAGUAGACGUCAAGUUUUAGAAGAAAUGGAAAUGAUUUCAGCUUUUACAUCAGUGCUCCGUGUUCCUAAUCUUAGUUCUUCAGAGCAUUUAAUGGCUGUUCUAGAGGAGACUGAUUGCUUUCGUAGAGAAGAAUUGGUAAGAAUUGCCAGGAAAACAGAAGGACGAAGAGUCUGGGUAGGAAUAAAGAAGUUACUUGCUUACAUUGAUUUAGCAAGACAGACUGAUGGUGAACACAGAGUUAAUAAAUUCCUUAGCAAGUUAGAGGAAGAAAAUUGCCUUGAAGGAGUUUAGAUGUAUUCUUUCAUCAUAUUUAAAAGAAGUGUAAAGCAUUUUAGGUGUUCUGUGCAUUAAGCUGAAAUAACAUUCCUAAAGCAAUAUGUUACUUGAAGUUUCUUUUAUAUAUAUAUAAAUUAUUCACACAUUCCUCUGUUAAACAAAAUGAACAGUAAAUAAUAUAUCUGUUUGUUUCCAAUUUAAGCUUUAUAAAUUAAAGCAUGAAGAUUUUUUUACUUAAUUUUUACCCUUCCGUUUAAUGAGCAUAAUUAUGACAUAAUUGGAUUUUUAUUGUGCUAAAUAAAAAAUAAGUGUAUUUAUUUUAAUAAAACCAUUAUGAAUAUUUAAUGGUUUUACUGUAAUAAUUACAUAAUUUGCAAGUUAUUUCCAUAAUGAAUAUAUAAUUAAGUCAAACAAAAAUAGCUUAUUCUCUGGAAUUUAAAAAAAAAAAAAAAAAAGUAGUGUUUUUUCCUGCAUAUUUUUUAUUCCCUUAUAUAAUUAUAAAAUAAAUGCAUGCAUUUAUUGCAGUUGAACAAUUAUCAAGUGAAGUAAUGAAAACGUGCAGUUUUUUGGUCUUUCAACUUAAUAGCUGUAACAAAGAUUGCCUUUAUGGUGUUCAUUUAGAUGGCACAAAAUAUAUCUGUUGGUAUUUAUAAACUUGUAUAGAAAUGUUACAGAGAUUUAGUAAAUAAUAUGUAAAUAGUUCAAGUUUAUUAAGAACUCUUUUGCAAUCAUAUUUUAAACUUAAUCUAAUUGUUGACAUAAUGUAAAUUUUACUGUGCUUAAUACAUGUUAAAUAUUGAGUUUUUAAUGUCAAGUAAAUAUUGACAUUAGUAAUGUGUGUUUUGUAGACCAAUGUGCAUAUUAAGGUGAUUUUAAUUAUGAUUAAAAAAUUAUGCAAUUGAUUUUGAGUGAAUGGGUAAAGCAACUUGCAAUUAAUAUUAGUUGCCUAACCCCUAAAUUAUGUUGAUGUAUUUAUAAAUAAUCAGUGAUUCUGUAAAAAAAUAUAAUUACAAUAUUUAAGUGUGCAUGUUUAAGGUUUUAUUUCAAUAUACUUCAUGUUAAGAUAGCCUUUAAUAAUGUCCUUAUUUCUUUCAUUAAUAGAGUCUUUAAGAGAAAUGGUAUGAAUUAGGUGCUUUUUAUUACAAUGCAGUAAUUUGUCCUUAUUCUAGGUGUUCAGACAAAAUAACUAUUUUACUCUAAUAACAGUAUUUUAGAGCAUCAAAUGAAUAAUAUUGAUGUGGCUUUGGAGUUGCUCAUACAUAGAUGUGUGUUAGUGACAUUAAGUGUAGAAAUUUUAGUAAAUUGGCUAAUUGCAAAAAGUAUUUAUUCAAAAAGAAAUGUAAAUAUCCCAUUUUAUUUGUGUUUUAUUUUGUGAUUGUUUUGGUGUAACAAUCAGCAAAAAUAAUCGCUGAAAAAUAAAUGUAAAAAUAUUUUAAAACAUGGUUGUUCAUUAUUUUAAAUUAUAACAGUUGUUAACUUAACCUGUAGACAUUGCUAAGAUAUUGAUAGGAUAUGUAGUUAUCCAUUAUGUUAUGUAAUACUCAUGAUGUUUCUAUUAAUAUCAUAGUCAUUCCUUUCCUCAAAGAUUUUUCCAUUGUAUGUACACUUAGCAUUUCCUUAUUUAUUUUGAUAUAUUUCUGAGAGAAAAUUAUAUAUUUUUAAAAAUAUACUUUUUGAAGGGUUAGAAAUAAUUAUAUACAAUUAACAGAUUGCAUAUAGCAAAAAUAUAGGACUUGUAUGCUUUUAUGGUAAAUAACUAGAAAAUUUCGAGAAGCAAAACCUGGGAAAGAACUAAGGCAGAAGCAGUAUUUGAUGAACCAAAUAGUAUUGAACAGAUUAUCUGACAUUUUUCAUUUCGAUAAAAGAAUUAUGUUGAGAAAGAGAAAAUGCAGAAGUAGCAAAUUCAUUUGCAGUAUUAAGAAAACAAAGAAUAUUUUAUUUAAACAGAAAAAAUAUACUAACUACUGUUAAUGAACAAUAGAAGAAAUGUUAUAACUUUAAUUGUUAAGGAAAAUAAGGUUGCAAUUUCAAAAAAUUGAAUAAGAGGAUGUUCUCUUCCCUUCUGUGUUAAUUGGCCAAGAUAAGAAAUAAUAGUAUGUGGAAGAGUAAAUCUGAGUGUAUAAAAAUUUUUUAAAAAAAAGGCAAUGUCCACAGGAAGUAAAUGAAUUAAUUCAUUAUAAGAAAUUAAAUUUCUUAAUUUUUGUAAUGCUGACAAAGUUAUUUUUAAAUCACAUAAUUGCUUGUUUUGUGAAUUGAAAUAGUUUAACAGCUAUUGAAAAUUUUAUGAGUGAGUGUGAGUGAUAAUUUCGCUUUUAAGAGAAUUUUUCUGGUUUGCAUAAAUUUAAAUAUACUUUUUAAUCUGUGUAAGCUUUAUAAAAAGGAAUUUAUAAAUUUCACCGCAUCUAACUUGAAAGAAUUAUACCUGAAAGUUGUCAUCUAAUUGAAAAAUCACAUAUCAUAAUUUUGCUAAAAGUUUUGUAGUUUAUAAAUGUAUAUAUUUGUUACAAAAGUACAAUUUUUAUUUAUUUGUGAGUUUAUUUAUUGCUAAUGUGUAGUUCAAAACCAAAUCAGUUCUAAAUAAAAUAUUUUUAUGUGUCUGGUUUCUAGUAGACCUAUUGUACUGUAAUGUUGUUGAAAAAUAAAAAAAAUUAAUAAAAAAGUCAA